ACCAUGUAUAACCCUGUCAUCUACUGCUGUCUCAAUAGCAGGUAGGAGCUAGGAACACACACCAUGUACAACCCUGUCAUCUACUGCUGUCUCAAUAGCAGGUUCCGUGCAGGGUUUAAGCGUGCAAUGCGCUGCUGUCCGUUUGUCCGUCUGUCUGAAUACGACCAGAUGGAACUACAUAGCGCCCGUUUCCAUGCCAACAGACAGAGCAGCAUCUACACCCUGAGCCGCUUCGAGUCCUGCUCCGCCGACCCACACAACGACCGCAGCGACAGGAGGAGGAGUCAGGGUGGUACCCUGGUAGCAUAA